AUGGCUAAGCGGUACAGCCAGCAAGAGCAAACGCUGAAAGACGCUCUGAACAAUCAUCCGCCCACGAACGCGACACCGCGCAAGUCUUCCGGCCAUGCACGCAUUUCGAAGGUACCAACUGGGCUGGGCGCAGAGCCUCUGAACAUUGUCAUCCUGGGCGCAUCAUACGCUGGACUGGCUGUCGCGCACCACUUCCUCGACCACACCAUCAACCAGCUUCGCAUCACCUCCAGUGCCCCGAACUACCGGCUCAUCAUCGUCAGCCCGAGCACGCACCUCUACUGGAACGUCGCUGGACCUCGCGUGUUGGUCUCUCCUGAGCUCGUUGAAGGCGACAAGCUCUUCAUACCUCUUGAGCAAGCGCUACAUCGGCACCGCGCGCACAAGACAAGCAUCAUCCAAGGCGAGGCUGUUGCGCUGGACACGAGCGCUCGGACGGUUACGAUCGAGCUCAUUGGCAGUACUGCGCAGAAGAGGGCGGGUCAGAUCAACAAGCGGAAAAGCGCAGUGCAAUUCUCAACCGUUCCGACGGACCUGAAAGUGCAGACGCUCGGCUACCAUGCCCUCAUCAUAGCCACAGGCAGCUCAGCACACAGCGAUCUACUCAGCCUUCAUGGGCCGCACCUCAAUACGCUUGGCGCAUUGAACGACUUCCAUGCUCGAGUAGAAGCAGCCGAAACAAUCGUGGUGGCAGGAGGUGGAUGUUCAGGAGUCGAAACAGCCGGCCAGCUCGCCGCAUAUCUCAACUACCACAAACACUCCUUACCGAAACGCCGGCGCAUCAAGAAUCCCAAACGCAUCCUCCUCAUCACCGGCUCCGACCGUUGCCUCCCGACCCAGCCCAAUCAGGCCAUCAGCGCCAAAGCCGCACGCCAACUUGGCAAACUAGGCGUCGAACCCCUCCACUCCACCCGCGUGCUCGCCGCCAAACAUCCCUCCAACCCAACCGCACCAACCCGCCUCGAACUCAGCACCGGCUCCUCCCUCCUCGCAGAUCUCUACAUCCCCUGCACCGGCGUGACACCCAAUACCGCUUUCCUCUCCACCAACCUCAAAGACGCCCACGGCAACGUCCUCACGAACCCCUCCACCCUCCGUCUAGAUGAAGGGCAAGCAGGCCCUCGCGUCUACGCCAUCGGCGACUGCGCAGUCUAUAGUCGCAACAACCUCCAAGACGUCUACUCCGCUAUCCCAGCCCUGAUGCAGAAUCUCGGAAACGAUUUGCUGGCGCAUGAGUACAGACUUGCGAGUCCUUAUGGUGGGAAUCAGGCGGAGAUCGAUGCGUUGGAGGAUGAGGUGUUUGUCAAGGAGGAAAAGGAGUCGUGGUUCGUGCCAAUAGGGAAGCGAGGUGGUGUGGGCAUGGCGAAGGGCAAGGGUGUGCCGGGGUGGGUUAUUGGGUGGAUGAAGGGAGAGGAUUGGUUGGUUAAGAGGGCGGGACGGGCGGCGGAGGGGGGGAGGAGUCCUUAUGGAUGA